AAUGUUAUAAGCGACGUUCAAGUGAGCACAUUGCGAGACUAAAAUAUUGCUAUCUACUGAAUAUUGCUCAUGAUUUCAACAUUAUUUGACUCAUAUAAUGUACUGUAACUAAGAACGCAAUUCCUGGAAGAUUGUUCUAGAAUUCAAAGGUGAAACAAGAAUGGAAAGUGAAAUAUCAGAUUGUUUGGAGAAAGAAUUAUUAAAAAGACUAGAUGCUUAUGGAGAAAGUUUGAUGGACAAUGAUGAUUAUGAAGAGAGAAUCAAGCAUGCAAAACAAAGGAAGAAGAGGAAGAAAAUUGUGGAGGAAGAUGAUACAAGUGAGCAUCAUAGUGUGAAGAGAAAGAAACGAAAGAAAAAUAAACAUAAAACAGAGACGGAUCACUCAUUAGGUUCAACAAGUGUCGAAGACGAACAGUUGAAAGUGAGUGGAAAAGAAAAACGGAUCCAACAAAUGAAGGAGGAACUCGGUCUGAAUGGUGUGGAGAAAAGGGAGAUGAAGUCUGAAGUUUGUGUGGAUACGGAGGAGGAAACAACAGCAAACUCAAAGGUGGUGGUCUAUAAAAAUCCAAAAUCCAAAAGAAUAGAGAAUAAUAUGAUGGAUUUAGCUGAAAAUUCACAAGAAGCUGCUAAGUCUGAUGCUGUAUUUGAUUUAAAGUCAGCAAGGUUAGACGUGCAGAAAUUCGGAAUCAAAGGAUUUAAGGACGAGAAGAAAGAUGCAGCCAUGGGUGCCCUGCUUGUAAAACUCGGAGCGAAACCCAAGAAAAAUAAAGCUUAUAAUUAUAAGGAAUAUCAAGAACUUGUGAAAAAGCAGAAAGUGGAAGAGAGGGAAAAGCGGGAACUGGACAGGAAACUUGGUUUCAAGGUCAAAAGUAAGGUCGUCGCUAGGAAGAAAGAUCGUAAUGAUGUGGGUCGGGUGGACGGACAGGUUGGAACAUAUAAAAGUGGCGUCCAGUUUGUGACCAAAAAGGACUUACAACCAGGAGGUCGGCCUGUUAAAAAGAAAAGGAAGAAAAAGUUUUAGUCAUUCAGGAACAUGUUAUACAUGUAUUCAUAAGGUUGAGAAAAUUAUUAGAUUUAUGUUGCUUGAUAAAGUUUUAUUUGUUCAGAACUCUGAAAUUCAUAGAGAUAUUUACAGAACGAAUGAAAAUAAAAGGACAUACAUGUACAUGUUUUAAAACUCAUAGAAUCCUUUUCUGCAAAUAAAUGUAGUUCAACAUC